AUGUACCGUUGCACGACGCGGUUAUUUCUCCGCCACAACUCUUCGCUUGCUGCUGCCAGUGUCGAGGGUGAUGCUGCUGUUUCUGCCAAGCUUGCAGAGAUAGUUAGAAUGAAGGAGGCCCGCCGGGAGGCCCGUCUGACUCGUCAAGCAAUGGCUUUUUCUCCGCCGACACCAGACAUGGAGCAGACCAUCCCCCAACCUCCCCAGUUAGAUUUUGCGCUUGCACCUGCACCGAUGAAGCCAAGCGAACCUGCUGCUCCUGCCAACUUGGCGCCCUCAAGUUCAGUAGAAGCACGACGCGAAGCACUUUUAGCACGCCGGGCAGAACGACUAGCUCGUGACGCCAAUAAACCCCCCGGUCAACGCCAGCCCCAAUUCAAUCAGCAACGGCCUCGUUUGUCCACCCCUCCCAAGCCAUACUAUGCAAAACCAAUAUUGUCGGCUUUUUGUGGCCAGUUCUCCUGCAACUGCAACGACACCGAGGAAAACUCGGGACAGAAGACCUAG